AUGCCACCAAGAGUUAGAGGCAGAAGUGGAAGAGGCAAGGCCCCCAUGCGGGGGAGACACGAUCAUGAGGCGGGGCCCUCACAUAGACGGACCCCAUCAGCAACCUUUAGCUCCGAUUCGCAUCCGGAUUGGAGAAACUAUCUUGAACCCACGAGGCGUUCUAUCUCGCUUAGCUCCUCGCCCUCAUACGACAACUCGUUCGGGCCCCAACAGGAAGACGAGCCCCAUGACUCACACCACUCAUGCAUACCCUUACAGCGAUCCGACUUUCACCACUCCUUUCAAAACCCCACACCCUACUUCCAUAGUCGGUUCAAAAUGAAGCAAAUUGACGAACCAAUGGGUCAUAACCCAUUGGGACCAGCAGAUCACUAUCCUGAGUUUCAGGACAUGGAUGUGGACAAUGAUCCAGAUCCUGAGAUGCCACCUUUUGGGACGCCCACGCAUCCCAUUAAAAUUUCCAGCGGAUCUGCUUUUCAUGGUUCGCCAUACAGAGGCCCUGAUAUAUGGGUCAAAAGGUGGGGCUCAUAUAAGUGGGAGUUUACUCCCCCUCACCACAACUCACCACUACAUCAGCAGGUUCCCUCCGAGGACCCACACUUUCAGGCGGUCACGCCACCGCCACCGCCACCGCGAGCACCAGAGCAGCCACCGCCGCCAGAACCGUCAAGGCGGAGAAGAAGUGCAUGGAUAUCCGUGCAAGGGGGUUUUCAUUUCAGAACCCCCCAACAUUCCAGCAACUAUCCUCCUAUCUUUGAGGACCCACAAUUGGGUGGGCCUUCAAAUGCUAUUUCUGAAGUCGACUCUGCACCAGUCGCACCUGCACCACCACCCAUGGGCUAUGAAAACCCAAUCCCUGCGUACCCAGAUGUAGCUGGGUACAACCCGUUUGAGCCACAAGCUUACUCGGGUUAUAACUACAACCAUGCACCUGCCGUUGACCCAUACAUUGAAGCAGCAAACUUCAAUGCUCUCUACCCCUCGCCCUUUCCACCCGCGUACCCAACUGGGUACCCUGCAUAUGGGUAUCAAUACCCACCACCUCCACAACCUCAGUAG